AUGUCUUGGCAAAUAAACGAGAAAGACACGGGACCCGAGACCGUGUGCUUGCGCGCUCUAGAAAAGACUGUGCAUCGGCCCUGUGGUGGCAUAUUGUGGUCACACCACAAGUUACUGGCCCGGCCCAACCCUAUUGAUCUGGCCAUGUCAACCUCGACGAGAAUGCAUAGCAAUCGCUCACCAUAUCAGGACUCUGUCCUGCCGUAUACCACAGAUGGGUCAUCAGCCCCGGCUUUCAAGAAAGAUCUGUGUCCUUGUCAAUUGAUUCAGUCAUACCCAGCUUUGUGUCAAGAAAGGGAUACUCAGCAACUGUACUUGGGAUUUUGUGACCAGCCAAUUGAUCACAAAAGACUACAAUAUCGGUGGCCCAAUUUCCACCUCAGACGGCCCGUGUCGUACAAAUCUUUGUGCUCACGGUCUCGGCCUCAGUCAUAUAGUUCUAUUCCUUGA